AUGAAGAAUUUUUCAGUUCCUGUGCAAGCUAAUGAAUAUCAGACUGAAAGCCUUUUUCCUCAGCUUGUCCUGAAUUUAACAAAUAAGUCAGAUCCAGUUGGAAGACAAGAAAGAGAUGAGCAAUUAGCUCAGUUAGAGAUUGCUGUGUUGGGAGUAAUAUUUGUGACAGCAUCUGUGGGCAAUUUUAUUCUCAUACUGGUACUGUGGAGGAGAAGAAAGAAGUUAUCUAGGAUGUAUGUAUCCAUGCUUCACCUGAGCAUAGCAGACUUAGUGGUAGCAUUUUUUCAAGUACUUCCCCAACUAAUAUGGGAUAUUACAGAUGUUUUCAUAGGGCCAGAUGCACUAUGCAGAACUAUCAAAUAUUUGCAGUUGUUGGGCAUGUUUGCCUCUGCUUAUAUGAUAGUGGUCAUGACAGUGGACAGAUAUCAAGCAGUAUGCUAUCCGAUGGUCACUUUCCAAAAGAAAAAGGCUCUUUGGAAUGCUGCCAUUUGCACCAGCUGGUCUAUAUCACUGCUUUUUAGUCUUCCACAAGUAUUUAUCUUUUCCAAGACUGAAAUAUCUCCAGAUAUUUGUGAAUGCUGGGGUGAGUUCAUCCAACCUUGGGGCUUAAAGGCAUAUGUGACUUGGAUUUUUGUAGCUAUUUUCUUCAUUCCCACAGCUAUCCUUACCAUAUGCCAGGUUAAGAUCUGCAAAAUAAUACUCAUGAACAUACAUGUGAAAAAAAGGAAUGAAUUUGAAGCAAUAAAUCAGAAGCAGGUCCUGCCAUUCCAAGCAAGCAGUAUUAACUGUAUUUCAAAGGCUAUGAUCAAGACUGUAAAAAUGACAGUGGUGACAGUUAUUGCAUAUGUCCUGUGUUGGGCACCUUUCUUCAUUGUACAGUUGUGGUCUGUAUGGUACCCCAGUGGCAUUACUGAAGGUGCAGCGUUUACCAUUAUCAUGCUCCUGGGGAAUCUGAAUAGUUGUGCCAAUCCGUGGAUUUACAUGUAUUUUUGUGGCCACAUUCCAUAUUGUGCCAAAAAGCAGUCAAAAAACAUCUCAGCUCAGGAAGAAUCUGUGAUCACAGGAAGCAUUAAUUUGGUAGACAGGGAACCAGAAGAAAACCUAACUUGUAUGUCAGUAUUUCGCAGUGAAGGGCCAGGAUUCAGACCCCACAGAUGUCUGGGUUUCUAUAUAUGCAACCACUGAAUGUCUACAACUCUCAAUAAAAUCAGCUCCCAGUGAGGAUCUCUCAUGAUGAUUUAACCCUUUGGUUGUA